UAAGGAAACCACCAGAGCACCUGCUUUCCUGGACACAGCAGACUAAGGUUGAAUUAAAGAAAAGACUUUAUCGGAAGAUGGCCACUGCACAAUUGCAGAGAACUUCCAUGAGUGCUUUGGUGUUUCCCAAUAAGAUAUCAACAGAGCAGCAGUCUUUGGUGUUGGUGAAGAGGCUCCUAGCAGUUUCAGUAUCCUGCAUCACGUAUUUGAGAGGAAUAUUUCCAGAAUGUGCUUAUGGAACAAGAUAUCUAGAUGAUCUUUGUGUCAAAAUUCUGAGAGAAGAUAAAAACUGUCCAGGAUCUACACAGUUAGUGAAAUGGAUGCUAGGAUGCUAUGAUGCUUUACAAAAAAAAUAUCUAAGGAUGGUUGUUCUAGCUGUGUACACCAAUCCAGAAGACCCUCAGACAAUUUCAGAAUGUUACCAAUUUAAAUUCAAGUACACUAGUAAUGGACCAGUCAUGGACUUCAUAAGUAAAAACCAAAGCAAUGAAUCUAGUAUGUCGUCUGCUGACACCAAGAAAGCAAGUAUUCUCCUCAUUCGCAAGAUUUAUAUUCUAAUGCAAAAUCUGGGACCUUUACCUAAUGAUGUUUGUUUGACCAUGAAACUUUUUUACUAUGAUGAAGUUACACCCCCAGAUUACCAGCCUCCAGGUUUUAAGGAUGGUGAUUGUGAAGGAGUGAUAUUUGAAGGGGAGCCUAUGUACUUAAAUGUGGGAGAAGUCCCAACACCUUUUCACACCUUCAAAGUAAAAGUGACUACUGAGAAAGAACGAAUGGAAAAUAUUGAUUCAGCUAUAUUAUCACCAAAACAAUUAAAAACACCACUUCAGAAAAUUCUCAUGGACAAAGAUGAUGUAGCAGAUGAACAGGAGCAUUAUAUAAGUGAUGAUUUUGACGUUGAAACUAAAAUGGAAGAGCAGAAAAAAAACCUUGAAUCUUCUGAACUUGGAGAACCAAGUUUAGUUUGUGAGGAAGAUGAAAUUAUGAGGUCUAAAGAAAGUCUAGAUCUUUCAAUUUCUCAUUCUCAGGUUGAACAGUUAGUCAGUAAAACAUCUGAACUUGAUGUAUCUGAAAGCAAAACAAGAAGUGGAAAAAUCUUUCAGAAUAAAAUGGCUAAUGGAAAUCAACCAGUAAAAUCUUCUAAAGAAAAUCGGAAGAGAAAUCAACUCGAAUCUGGGAAAACAGUCCUUUAUCACUUUGAUUCUUCUAGUCAAGAGUCAGUGCCCAAAAGAAGAAAGUUUAGUGAACCAAAGGAACAUAUAUAAAAAUUAUUUUUUUCUUCUGUAUGUUUUUGAAGUUCUCAACAUUUAAACUAAAGGACACGGUAUUACUAUUUUAACGUGUAUUUGACCUACCUGUGAAGAUUUAUAUGUAGUCUUAAGCAGUUAGUACACUAAAAUGAAUUUUUAGCUGAGUUUCAUAUUGUGAUUCUUAAUCUUAUCUGAGACAAUGUAAGAGACCUUUUGAAUAAAACCAAAAGUAAAUGUCAUAAUAAUUGAUUUUGCUCAUUAUCUACUCACUAUUGAUCUAUCUUCCAUUUUGGUGGAUACUUCCUUUAAAUAUAAAUUUCUAAGGCCCUCUAGAGCCAAUUUAAAAACAAAUAAUGUUUAUUUUAUCAUUAAAUUUUGAUAGGAAUUUACUUUUUACUUAUGUUAAAAGUGUAACACUUAACUGUCCCUGGGUCAUUAAAACAAUGUUCUUCAGUACUUUGAUAGAGUGUA